UUGAUCGUCUCUGGGCGGGGUUUCUCCCGCUUUCGAGACCGGCGGUGGCUUGAGGGCGGGUUGUUUUAUUUUAAAGAGGGGAAGCCCGUUCCAGAGUUUUCGGGGAGUGGAGACUUGGCCCUCACAGGUGGUACCAUGUCUGCUCCACAAGAAUCUCAGAACUCAAAUGAGGAAAGUACAGUUACAGCAAGUCAAGGUUAUGUUCUUCCUGAAGGGAAAAUUAUGCCAAACACCGUUUUUGUGGGAGGAAUUGAUAUAAGGAUGGAUGAGACAGAAAUUCGGAACUUCUUUGCACGAUACGGCACUGUUAAAGAAGUGAAAAUAAUCACUGAUAGAACUGGCGUGUCCAAAGGGUAUGGAUUUGUAUCAUUUUUGGAUAAUGUAGAUAUACAGAAAAUAGUUGAAUCCCAAAUCAACUUUCAUGGGAAGAAACUCAAACUAGGACCUGCAAUAAGGAAACAUCCAAACCUAUGUGCCUAUCAUGUGCCACCCAGACCAGUGCUUAUUAAUUCACCCGCACCUCAGUUCCACAGUGUUUGGAAUAAUCAAGAAACAUAUAUGCGGCCUCCAGCUACGAUGAGUCCUGUUACACAGUAUGUUCAGGCAUAUCCGUAUGGCUCCCCAGCUUUAUUAAUUCAACAGCAAGUUCCUGUAGGCUAUCAGCCAACUUACAAUUACCAGAUUCCUCCACAGUGGCCUCUUGGCGAGCCAAGAAAUUACAUUGUGCCUCCGGCUUAUACUACAGUGAAUUAUGGUGGUGAAAUGGAUGGAGGAACUGACCAAGCAGAGUGUUCCAUGGCUGAUAGUGCACCAUCUUGUGCAAAUAGCCCACAAAAGAAAUCCGUGGACCGAAGCAUACAGACAGUAGUAUCAUGUCUGUGUAACCCAGACAACCGAUUGAGGAACAAUAUUGUAACUCAAGAGGACUACCUUAAGGAGAAGAGAGCGCAUCAUUUUAGAAGAAGCAGAGGUGUUCUUAAAACUGUUUGAUUUAAAACUUCUUAAUGGCACUGAUGCAGAAGACUGGAAGUGCUAAUUUGUCAUCUACUGUGUUUUAAAAGUGAGAGAAGAUCCUUGCAGGUUAAUGUAACUAGCAGGACUCUUGACAGUUAUGUAGCCUUGUUGGCAAAAGUUACUUGAAGUUGGAGUUUGAAGUUUGUACAUCACCUCUUUGUAGGCAUGUUUGAAUUUUGUAUGGUAUUUAUUUCUAGGAGUGUUCCUAUGUUUUAUCUAGUCUAGAUGUGUGUGCUCUAAUUUCUAACCAGAAAAUGUUAACUGUUACGAGUUCUCUUUUUUUAGGUUUAAUUUGUGUUUAUACCUAAGCUUUGAAGUUGUAUUUGAUUGCAUGUUGGCACUUAAACAUUUGUAACGUUUUAAUGUGUGACUUAGUACUUACUCUCCAGCUCACACUUAAAAGGGAUUUUUUUCCAGAUAUAUUUUUAAAGCUGUACUUGAAUCAGGUGAAAAAAAUAAGACAUCCAGUUGCAUUUUGGUUAGUGCGCAGAAUAAAGUCAGUACAGUAUUGCCUUAAAAAUCCAAUCAGUGAGGACUUCAUUCACUACCUGUGUGUGCUGCUUAGUCUGUCAGUUUCAGAACUCAUAAUUAAAAGUGUAUUCCAGGAUGCAUAUAUAACAAUAUUAACUGUACUUUGAUGAGCUAACUUUUUUUUUAAUAUGACCCAACUUGGCUAAUACCCAUAUCUUAAAAUUGUGGAAAGAACAAGUACUUCAUUGUAAUGUUAUGCUUUUAAAAACUGGUGAACAACUUUAAAUCAAAGAAUUUAUAAAACAGUUUAAUUAUGUGGACUUUAGUCUUGUAUCAAUACAAUUCUACAAAAUAAACUGUCUGAGAUGGAA